AUAGCGCUGCCUCCUCUUUGUAGCUGCUACCUGCUAGUUCUCACGUCACUGUAGUCUGUAACGUCGUCUUCUUACUCCCCCUAUCCGACGCCGGGACAGGAAUCAGCUUCCCCUCCAUGCUCCGGCUGGAGCAAUAUCUCCGGUUGCUGCCGGCGACCAGCCACGCUACAGCGCCCGCGUUGAUCUCGGGUUACUCUUUCCUCUCCAGUCCUCUCCCUCGCCUCAGUGCCCUCCGGCUAGCCCGCUCGCGGCCUCCCCCGCUCAGGGGCAAAACGUCGAGCCCCGUGCGCGCCUCGGCGGAGCCGGAUUCUACGGUAAAGCGCGCGCCCGAGAUGGCCCAGAGGGAGGUGGCGCGGGUGGUCGCGGAUCAGGCGGUGGCGCGUUUGGGCGCGCGGCUGCUGCCGUCCGCCGUGCCUGCCGACGUCGUCGAGUUUCGCAACGCCGCCGGGAACGCCGUCGGCUCGCUCGACGUGCAACGGGGCUCUCCUGGCUCGUCGAUUGAUUUCAUGCUGCAGUCCUCGCUUCACUGUGAAGUCCCGAACGGUGCCAUUGACAUCACCUCAAUUCUCAUUUUCCUGAACGCCUCGACGGACGCACCACAUUUCCUACUGGAGCUCAUACAAGGCAGCUCAACUUCAAUGGUGGUGAUUCUGGACCUGCUUCCACGGAAAGACCUCGCGUUUCACCCGGACUACCUGCAGAAGUACUACGAGGAAACUGGAAUGGAUGAGCAGCGCAGAAAGAUCGAGGAGCUACCGCAGGCUCGUCCAUACAGAUCUCCGUCACUCUUCGUGCGCAGCGCAUGCUCGCCUACAGCAAUAAUGGUGAGCAUUGACUGUGGACAAGGGGGUGAGAAAGCCUUGGAAGAGAUAAUACAUGGACAGUUAGCAAAGGUCAUUCAGGAGGCUCUUCAGACUUGGCUUGACAACUGUGUUGAUUCCACCAUAGAGAUGGAUGAGGCGGAGAGGGACUGCCUGCUCAAGAGGGACCGGAUUGUAAGGUCGAAAUCGAUAGAGGUUGACCUGACUGCAAACCUUCCCAGGAUGUUUGGUCCGGAUGUGUCUAGUCGGGUCAUAACUGAAAUCCGCAAGGCCUUUGGUGUACAAGAGCCGUGAAGAUGAUCAGUUGUUAGGACCAGGUUUCCAGGAACAGUCUCUCAUCACAGAGUUCCUAAGCCGUUCCUGUCUUCCUGAUGCUAACAUACCCAAUAAGCAUAAGAAUUAGCUCUGCCUAAAAAGGAGGUACUGAAUGGCGGUGUGUUUUGCUGCAUCUUGUUUUAUGUAUAUAAAACUUUGGUGUAUAUGGUGUACAUAUUAAAAAAAUAUCCAUCCAUGUUAGAUCUACUAUCCUUUGCCGCUGUAUGUAUUUUGCAAAGAACACUCUCCAUCACCAUUUUUCGCAAUGUUCGGAUAUGGCAUCAUAAUAGUAUUAUGUGUACCUGAUAUGUUCAAAUGACAACUACAACCAGGUUGUUCCGUGUUCAAGCGAAACUGUGGCGAGCUAGCAUAGCAGCAGCCACUCCUGAGCUCGGAUGCACAUGAUGAUGGUAACAAGUAAUGUUCGAUAAUAUCGGUCCUAUGAAAUUUGUUUUGAUCCCGGAGGGGGGGGGGGGGGGGGGGGUCAAACAAGUAGCUACUGUCUUGUGCGUAUCUGGACGUUGCAUAGUUCGUGACGGCCGUUCGGGUUUAUGCAUUUGCUGGACUUUACAUCAGUAACUUUUGGACUUUGGCGAUAGGAUGAAAAUCUGUUUCAGAAUGAAAUUCACGUAUGUAUACAAUUGUGCACGAUAAUACGUCAAGGAAAUCCCUGGAUUAAAACAAAGUGACACGUUGCGGUGUGCCUCAUUGCAUGGACGAGUUUUUCUCUAUUUUUUGAAUUGAAUGCGUGAAUUCAAACAUUCAGCUUAAAGUAGUAAACUAAUCAGAGCAGUAAAAUGUUUGAGGAUAAGAUGUCCGAGUAUCUCAUCUUCCAAGUACAAAAGGAAAUGAGAGUUCCAGCCGAAAUGAGUUCAUAGUUACUUUGGGAUUGUCAUGACAUUGGAUCCCGUCUUCCUCCUCACAGGAGACAAGGAAAAAAAAAAAGAAAGAAAGGCAACCGCAAAGUUAUAACAAAGGCUACCCCAAAGUCUCGGCAGCUUGAAGGCAAAGUAGUAAAUAUGAGACCGAAAGCAAAAAGGCUUGAAGGUAAAACUGCAAAUUGGGAAUCCAGGCUUCAAACAGAUAUUUGAAUUUAACGAGUGCCUCAGAUGGACGCUUUGGAAGUGCAUAUCACCAUGCCUGUGCACCAGAACAUUCAUCCAGAAUUCACCAAUUGCGUGAAUCAUCACCGGCACGUACGCAAACCACCACGGGGCGAGAG